AUGUCUGGGGUUUGGGUUUUCAAGAACGGGGUGGUGAGGCUGGUGGAGAACCCUGGGGGUGAGGCAGUGGAGGGAAGCCGUGGUGGAAGAAGGAAGGUGCUUGUUCAUAGAGCAAGCAAUGAGGUUAUAACCUCCUAUGCGGCUUUAGAGAGAAAAUUGUAUUCACUUGGGUGGGAGCGUUACUAUGAUGACCCUGAUCUUCUUCAGUUCCACAAACGCUCCACCGUACACCUUAUUUCCCUCCCUAGAGAUUUCAACAAGUUCAAGCCCAUGCACAUGUAUGACAUAGUGGUCAAGAACAAGAACGCUUUUGACGUUAGGGACAUGUAG